AUGCUUCACAUGCAACCACGGGAGUCUCCUGCAAAACUAUUUCUUGGACGUACUUUAUCAUCUAGACUGGAUUUGGUGAAACCGAACACUGAGCGAGAUGUCAAGAGUAAGCAAUUUGACAUGGCUAACAAAAGAGGAAGUCCACUACGUGCGUUCGAACCAGGAAGGGAGGUGAUAGUAAGAGACUACCGUAAAAACGCUAAAUCAAACUGGGUAUCCGGAACUAUCAGUGAACAAACAGGCCCAGUCACAUAUCGUGUAGAAGUGGCACCAGGUCAAACGUGGAGACGACACAUUGAUCAGAUUCAGGAGUUCGCGGCCAACGUCAGUGCAUCAGAUACACCUAUUACAAAUGAUAUCUCUAUGAAGAACAAUCAAGGACAGCAUACAGAAGCUUACAAAGGAUGUAUAGUUACAAAUAUUAGGAAUGGGAGUAUUAUAGUGGAUUUCACGAUGUUUUACUACACAAAAGCCAUCAUGCAGACGACAAAAGUGCGAACAGAGAUUAGUGCGAGUCUGAAAACUUCAACAAGCAUAACGGUCGCUGUAACAUUUACAGUAGUCAUUGAAAUAGAUACACUGUAUCUUAACGUAUUACGAACAAAUCAAGCGGAGUAUCUAUCAUCUGAGAGGAGUCCACGGUUUUUUAAAUCGUCUGUGGCAAUAGUAACUGAGGAGAAUACCACUCCAAUAGAUAUAACCACAACAGAUUUUCCAGUUACUACAACCGCUACAGCAGAUUCACCACUAACAAUGACAACAAUAGAUGAUGAACAACUGACAUCUACUACAACACAUUCUGCAACUACUCAAAGCCUAGAAACCACCGCCACUACAAAUCCCCCAGAAACCAUCACCACUACAAAUCCCCCAGAAACCAUCACCACUACAAAUCCCCCAGAAACCAUCACCACUACAAAUCCCCCAGAAACCAUCACCACUACAAAUCCCCAAGAAACCAUCGCCACUACAACUAUUGCCGCUGUCCAGUCAUAUUCAGAGGUUAAAAUGGAUCAUGCUUAUGGCGAAAUAGGCCAAGUCUCAAAUCAGACAUGUAUGAUUGAAAUUAAAAAGGGUGACUGGGAGUUUGUGUCUCUUAAAUUUAAAGAGAGCAACGAAGAUCUUGCUGUCAUUCAGAGUAAUGGCAGUGUGACUAUUUUCACCACUGACAGCCUUCUAAGACCGGAAUUUAACAUCAGUGGAUCUACGAUCAAAGCCAUUGUCAAUUUUGAUUUGACGAACUUCACUUCUGAUCGGUGUUCCUCGAGACAAUAUACCCUUAUAUGCAGUGUAGAUAUGACGAAUGGAUAUACAUUCAACACCAGCGGAGACUUCGAUAUAAUUGCUCCAUUGACAGAACCAGAGGUAACAGUGAUAGAGACUUUGUACAGCAAAUCUCUUUCCGCGGCAGGGAUUAACGCAAUGUGUAAUCUCACAAAAGAUCAGUCCAAUAAAACAGCCCAGGCAUUAGGAAUCCAGAUUCUGAACUCGACUGGUGAUGUCAUUCGGACUAUUGUUGACGUUACCCCCUACAAUGAGUUUACAAGCAGCUGUGGAGAAUUGGUUUAUAUUUCGUGGCUUGAAUUGUUUGAAUACAGAGCAGACCUAAAUAUGUCCACACUUAAUUGUUUCCUAGAAAACUCUGUAUCGAAGAAGACUGUUUUCAGCAACAACAUCACCCUCAUAUUUAAAGAACAAUAACCUUGACAGUAUCUUAAUAAGAAAUUUAUUAGCAUAUACCAUCACACAUCAAUGUCCAUACCUUCUAAACAGAGUCUCCGGGUAAGUGUUGCUAAUUCCAUUUACAUAUCUGUCAUUGUCACUGGGACCUCUCUAUAAUUCCGUUUGUUCUUCAUUGGGUAUAUUUUAUAGACGCAAGAAGGCUUCGGGGGUUCUACAUGUACAUGGGGGUUCAUAAGCAUGGUUUUUACUGUAACUCCUUCUACAGGACUUGAAACUCGUGAUAAAGGAUUGCGCGGUUCUCUUGUAGAAUGGCAAACAGGUUUUGAUGCAGCAAUUGAGCCAUGUUUUCCAAAAGAAUGAUAAAGUUACAUCACUAUCUAUGCAAAUUACAUUCCUCAGAUGCAUAUCUAAAUUGCUUUUCCAGAUGAGUGGCUCAGCUAAAAGGGGGUUACACUUUCUAAGUGACCUGGAUUACCGCAUCUUACCUCCUGAUUCAUGUACUACCGUGAUACUAAACCAGUGUAAUACAUAAUACACUGACUUGUUACAGUUUUAUUUUUUUUUUCAUGCGCACAUGAGGCUCCAUAUUAGGCUAAUUGUUUUCUACAUCAACGUUUACGCCGGUACUUCAUAUCUAAUUUUAACACAGAUUGAUCAAUUAUAAAUGAUUGUUUCUUACCCUAACGGUAUUCACUUAUUUUAAUUUCAUUGAAAGUUAAAAUAGAAUACUUCAUCAAUGCAAAAGAUAUUAACUAUACGAUAUUUAUUUCCGAAAUAAAAACCUCAGUGGCGGAUGAGCGGAAACGCGAUAUUGUAUGUGAUGAGUUUCUAAAUGAUCUCGGAACUUUUAUAUACAUAGGGGUUUCUUUGUUGUUGUAAAUAAGGUCUCCCGUUUCGAAUGAAUUACCCUAUUGUUAUUCAUAUUAUUUCCCCCAUAAUGAUUCUUUCUCCAAAUGUCUUCUAUUUCCAACGAAAGCCUUAUUUUUUUAAAGAAUCAUUAUGGUGAGAAAAAUAAUACGAACAGACCUUCAGCGACUCUGCAAUUUCUUUCAGAUUUUUUAUUGAAAAGAAAACAAACUUUUUAGUGCAUUUAUCAACUUUAAGCAGGCUUUCGACAUUGUUUGGAGAAAUGGCCUUUGGGGUAAGAUGAUAAAGAAUGGAAUAAAUGGCAAGUGUUUUAACUAUAUCCGAAAUAUGUAUAUUGGUAUUAAAUAUUUAGUAUAGAUAAAUGGCAUUUCUUCAGAUUACUUCGAAUAUAAUGUCGGUGUAAGACAAGGAGAAAAUUUAUCUCCAUUUUUAUUUUCCUUAUAUAUAUUGAUGACCUAGAAAAUUUUUAUAAGGAAAAUACAUAUUGGUUGGAUUACAGAGUGUGGAGAGUGCAAUUGAAGAUGAAUUAAUUGGUGUAUGUGAAAAUGUUGAUUUUAUUUUAUCCUGAUGACACUGUUUUUCUGGCCGAGUCUGCCAAGGGUUUACAAAAUGCCCUGAAUGAUUUUUAUAUUUAGGGAUUAUACUAACAAGGAGCGGAACACUUUGUGAAGCUAAAAAGCACCCACGUGAACAAGCGCAAAAAUCUACAUGUAUGUAUGGUGUGAUACGAAAAAUUAGACAAUUUAAUUUAUCUGUAGAAUGUCAAUUUGAUCUAUUUGUUAAAGUGGUUGUACCUGUUUUACUUUAUGGAAGUGAAAUAUGGAAUUAUGAAAAUCUAGAUAUAAUUGAACGUGUACAUUUAAAAUUUCUGAAAACUAAGAAGAUGGUGUGGUAUUCCCCAGAAUGAAAGACUAUGUACAUUUUGUAAUAAAGGAGAAAUAGGAGAUAAAUUCCAUUUUAUUUUACAGUGUCCAACUUUUUAACAAUUGAGGAAAAAAUACAUUCAAAAAUAUUUUAUGAAAGAUCAAAUAUUCUGAAGUUUUCUAAUCUAUUGUCCACGGUGAUACUGAACACUUAAAUGAUACAGAGGAAUUAAUCUUACGAUUUCUGAAAUCAAAAAUUAAGUGGCCGAGAAGCGGACCCCCCCCCCCCCCCCACCCCGAACAAUUUGUUUUUCCCAAUUUGAGAACUGCCUCAUCAUAGGACAAUGGAAUGUAAGACACUGGUCUGGUUAGUCAUUGUGUACUCCUAAUCCACAAAUUACCUAUUAAACCCUAAUCGUUACGCUUCGACGGACACCAGACCAUAAGCCAUAGACACUACCUAUUAACCUAUUUCGUACGUGAUAAAUUCUAUAACUAAACCUCGGACAUUUAUAUAUUGGUGUUUUGUUGUUGCUUUUUAUUAUACAAGGUGAAGAUAACGAACAGUGAUCAAUCUCAUAACUCCUACAAGCAAUACAAAAUAGAUAGUUGGGCAAACAUGGACCCCUGGACACACCAGAGGUGGGAUCAGGUGCCUAGGAGGAGUAAGCAUCCCCUGUUGACCGGUCACACC